CUGUUGGCUCAUUCACAUCAAAAUGGCCGACAUCCCAGAGGCUCCGAAAGAAAAUACUGACGACCAAGUUUCAGAACACAGUACUAAUGACUCUACAGACCAAGACUUUGAUAUCACGGCAGAUAUGAUGGUUCAUGAUAUAGAUGAUGAAACCACACUAGAGGAGGAAGAACUGAAUGAAGACAAAGAAAAUAUUGAAGAUGAGAUUGCAGAAUUAGAAAAGGAAGGGGACAUGCCAAUUGAAGCAUUACUAGCCAUGUAUGGUUAUGCUGGAGACCCUAGUGAACGGUCUCAUCCUGUCCCAUUGGAAGAUAUCCAACCUGAACCCCUCCCACCCCUGGUCAGUGCGAGUGGUGAAUCCCAUGAACAAGAUGUUACUCCAAACCAAUAUGAAGCAAAAGCUGACAAUCACAAUAACCUCCCCUCAACAGAAGAAGAUGAUGAUUCAUCUGUACCUUCCCCAGCUGCACAAGAUCAAUCUGAUUAUGCUCCUUCUCCUUCUGCCAACAAAAAUGACAAUAUGUUCCCAGAAAACCAAAGAAUCACAAGAGGAAUUCUUGCUGCAUACAGCUAUUUUAACCUGGGUGAGAGUUCCUCUUCUGAUGAUGAUGAUAACGAAUAUAAUCCAGAAGAAUGGAAGAAGGAGAUCAGAAUUGGCCCUGAUCAUCAAGCUGAGGUUCCUUCUUCGAUGUGUACAGAUAAAGAAUAUCAUUAUGAUGGGCAGGAUAAAUGUUUAUGGAAUCCUACAAAGAUUAGUGAAAAAGAAUUACAAUCUUAUUUAAAUAUGAUAAGUCAACCAGUCGAUGGUGAAGCUAUUACAAGAGAUGUGUUACGAGAUGAUGAGCAAGCAUUGUACCUCUUACUACAGUGUAAUUAUGAUGUUAAGGAAGCUUUGAAUAAAAAGCAUUCUCAAACUAACCCUAGAGCUGAAAUGGCAUUAUGGUCAGAAGAAGAGUGUAGAGACUUCGAAAGUGGUCUUAGGAUGUUUGGAAAAGAAUUCAGACAGAUACAGCAAAACAAGGUGACAUCAAGGAGUGUUGGAGAGAUCGUUCAGUUCUACUAUUUAUGGAAAAAGACUGAAAGACACGAUGCAUUUGCUUGUCAGUCAAGGUUGUCAAAGAAAAAAUAUUCAUUUCAUCCUGGUAUCACGGAUUAUAUGGACAGGUUCCUAGAUGAUAAUGAAAGUGCAGCAUCAAGUAGAGCCUCCAGUCCUCAUAACUUUCCUGCUCGUUCACGUGUUGGCAAUGGCUACCUCCAAAGUCAGGUCUCAAGUCAUAACUCAAUGUCAGUGUCACAGCCUGAUGUCCAUUCUGUACCCUCAGGUUCUCACCACACUACAGUCUCAAUGAUGUCUACUCUACGUCCUUCACACCACCCCCCACGAGAGCCUUAUGGUACAACACACCAGUCACCAGGCCAACCACCACAGCUACUCCAGUCAUGUGUUCCAACAUCUGUCAUUGUGUCCAGUCAAGAAAGACAUGAAAUCUCGCCUAAAAGACCACGUUUAGAACAUGACAACAUGCCAAGAUUAAUCAGCUCGGCAAUCUCCAGACCACCGCCACUGAAACCCAUCUUUUCUGUCUCGAAUCCACUCCCUCAAAAAUCUACCUCAAGUGAGUUACCAUCCCACAUGGGAGGUACGUCAUCCAGUGUACAUAUACCCCAAAAUAGCACAUCUAACAUACCAGAAUCUUUACAAAGGGUCUCUGGAGCUGAUAUAUUUCCUAAGAAAUAUUAAUGAACUCAAUUAUAAAUUAUUUGGCGACAUCAAAAUAGCGCCUAUAGUACCUUACUUUUAUAAUAUACGAAGACAUAAGAAUUUCACAUUGAUGUCCUAUCAUCUUUUUUGCUAUCAUAUUGUUAUCGGCUUUAUUUAGUGCUGAAAUUCUGAAAAAUGUAAAUACCUAACUCACUCUAUGUUUUCCAUUUUUUCAUUUCAAAUAGCUGGCAAACAUUGCUAUCUUCAUAAGGAUAUAAUUUUCUACUUUUGGAACACUAAACAUUCAGGAGAUAUGCUGACUUGAAUUAGAUGUUGAAACGGAAAAAACGCAAAUCAAAAAUAAGUCAUAAAAAUAAGUGAAUUUUUCUCACUAAUAACCUACUGUAGUUUAAAUUUUCUGAGAAAACGUAGUUCCUAAUACUAAUGUAACUAAAGUUUAAAAUCUUCUUUUGUGCGCCAAUUACUUUUGAGUUGGUGUUGAGAGGAAUUCCCUUGGAAAUCUAACGUAGUAAUGUUGUUGUAAAACUAGUCUGGGUGACUCAGGUUCAAUUUUUGGACUUGGUAUCACAUGUGAGCAAAGAUUGUGGGGUUUCUAUGGGUUCUUCAGAUUUUCCUCCAAGAUUUUCCUUCCACAAAUUCCUAUUCAAUCUGUGAGUUAGCAUGCCCUGAUUUCAACAGCCCAGAGGUUGUUUCAGGGUUCACUCUGUGAGUAGCCAUGCCCUGACUUACUUCAGCCCAGACAAAUGCUGUUUCAGUGCUCGAUAAUAAUAAUUUUAAAUAUUUUUUAGAGAGGAAUUUCACAUUUAAAGCAAAGAGCAAACUCUUCAUCCCUGGUCUCCAGUGAAUGACACACCCCACCCCACUGGGGCUUCCUAUUGAUAGGUUACAUUACCAGCACGUUGCCAGCACCUUUUAUCAGAACAUUGAAAUCAUCUAUGCUAUAAUCUCAUAAAGUCAGAUUUUCUUCAUAACUUAAAGUUUGUUAGAGGAAAAGAUUUCUGUCUUGGGAAAGAAAGUAUACAGUAGUUGAACACAAAACUUAAAUCUUAACAAUAAAUCUUAUUUUGGAAUGCAGUUUUGAUUUUGAAAACUGAACAAUCGGUCAAAAUUAAUUUUGCCGAUUUUUCUCAGUCUUUUGUGAGAUCUUUUUCUCGAUGGCUAAUUUUACAAUUUCUAUUUAUUUUCUGUUUCAAUCAUUCACAGACUUGACAUGACAAAUUUACUUAAAUAUUGAUAACAGAAGAAGAGGAAUAGAUCUUGAACAUUGUCAGUUGACCUCUUUAUGUUAUACUCGUUUCAAUUUUCUUUACCUUAGCAAUACUUGAGAAGAUUUGAUAUAGAUAUAUGUCAGACAAACAAAUGAAACGAGGGAAAUGGCAAGUCUGUCAAAUUGUGUAUGAUAUUUAUUUUUCAUUGUACAGUAGCUUUACGUU